AUGUCAAAGCAAAGCUUCUGUAUCUCUCUUCUACUAUUGUUUUGCCUCGUAGUUCAAAGCAGCAGCUCCAGAGCCCAGAGCAGUAUUCAUAGUGCUGAUUCUUGCAUUCCAUCUUCCUGUGGGAAUCUCCAUAAUAUAUCUUACCCUUUUCGUCUAAAAGGCGAUCCCAAGAACUGUGGUGACCCGAGCUACGAACUCGACUGCCAAAACAAUCGCACCAUUCUAACCUUAAAUUCCAAGAAGUUCCAUGUCCAGGCCAUCACUUACGAAAACUUCACGAUUCGAGCAGUUGACCCCGGUGUAGACAACAACGAUUCCUGCUCUUUCCCAACUUAUUCAUCUUUUGAUUACCUCGAUCUUCCAAUUUCUGUAUACGACAAACUCUAUGAUUACAACAUCCCAGUAGUAUACAUCAACUGCUUAAAACCUGUAAAUGCUUCGCGAUAUAUGGAAAAUACUUUCUGCAGAAAUGGGAGUAGUUCUGCAUUUUCCAACUCUUCCAGGGUCCAUAGAUACAUUGCUGUUGGGGAAGAUUUCAGAAUAUCGGAUUUGGAGGAGUCUUGUGGGGUUGAGAUGUCCACCAAGGUCUCAAAGUUCGGGCCCAUGAAGGAUAUUCAUAUUACAACUUCUUUGGCGAGUGUUCAUGAGUUGUUGGCUUAUGGAUUUGAGCUCUCGUGGUUCAGGGUGUUAUGUCAAGAAUGUGAAGCCGAUCAUCAUGGUUUCUGCAGUGUCGAAAAUAACACUGUUACUUGUCGCCAUUAUUGCUAUGAAAACGAACCACUUUCUGAACUUCCAUUACGCUGUACACUCGAGUAUUGGGGUACCAUAAUUGGACUUUAUGCGCUCAUUUCUGUAGGAUCCCUACUUGGACUAAGAUUUGUAUGUGGAAUUACGUGCUUAGCAGUAUUAGUGGUGUUUAAAUGGAGAAGACGACAUUUAUCAGCUGAUGAAACCAUUGAAGAGUUCCUUCAAAGUCAAACUAGCCUCAUGCCAAUUAAGUACAGUUACUGCGAGAUCAGGAAAAUGACAGGGAACUUCAGAGAGAAGCUGGGUGAAGGCAGCUGUGGAUCUGUGUAUAAAGGGAAACUUCGCAGUGGGCCUUUUGUUGCAGUGAAGAUAAUGGAAAACACCACGACUAGUGAGCUAGAAUUCGUGAGCAAAGUUGCUACUAUGGGAAGGAUUCACCAUGUAAAUGUGGUGCAGCUUGUUGGUUUCUGCACUGAAGGAUCAAAAAGAGCUUUAGUAUAUGAGUUCAUGCCCAAUGGCUCUCUUGACAAGUACAGUUUCCCAAAGGGACAGUCACAAUCUGUUUCCUUGAGCUAUGAGAAAGUGUUUGAGAUUGCUCUUGGGGUGGCUCGUGGGAUUCACUAUCUACAUCGAGGCUGCGACAUGAGGAUUCUACACUUUGGUAUCAAACCCCAUAACAUUCUUCUGGAUGAGAAUUAUAAUCCCAAGAUAUCUGAUUUCGGGCUUGCUCAAUUAUAUCCCAACAAUGAAAGUUUCAUAUCCCUCCCUGCUGCAAGAGGGACAAUGGGGUACACGGCUCCAGAGUUGUUCUACAAGAACAUUGGAGGAGUCUCAUACAAGGCUGAUGUUUAUAGCUUUGGAAUGUUGUUGAUGGAAAUGGCAAGCAGAAGGGAAAAUAGAAAUCCAGGUGCCGAGCAUGUUAGUCAGAUUUACUUCACUUCUUGGGCUUAUGACCGAUUACAGGCAGGACAGGACAUAGACAUGGCAUUUGCCAAUGCAGAAGAAAGGAAGAUGAUUCUGGUAGCUUUGUGGUGCAUACAGAUGAAGCCUGAUGAUCGACCAGCGAUGAACAAAAUCGUUGAGAUGCUUGAAGGAGAUGCUGAUCUUGUGCCUAUGCCUCCAAAACCUUUCCUGGCUCCACGCGAGAUGGCUGAGGAAUUUGAGACCAUCACAAGUAGUAGAGGAUCAUUAGCAAUAUCCAUUGAAUCUAGAGAUUAA